UUAUUCCUGCGUGUAUUCCAUGUGCUCUUGCCAAGAUGUGGACUUACUGGGAAGAGAAUUAUGAAAAUCAUUAGUAUAGAAUGUUUUAAUUAGAAAAUUUAAAGCUGCUUUCAGAUGACAAUCAUAUUAAAUCACGUAGAAUCCAAUUUUAAUUGAAAGGUUUCAUUGAUUUAUUGUUUUCAAGACAAAAAUGGAUCACUCUGCAAAUGCAUUGAGAUUUGCUGAAGCUCGAGCUACAGAAAUUGCUACUUUAAUGCAAGAAAUAACUGCUUCAGAAAACAAGAGAAAGAAGAGUUUUUUCCAAAAAUUGCCGAAUCAUAUGCGCAGACGAGGUGCUAGUCAAAAUCCUAAAAGAGUGCCUAGAAAAUUAAGAACACCAAAUCAAAACCUAGAAACAAAAGCAAAACCCAAGAAAAAAGUUCACAAGAAGAAACCAAAAGAUUUACAGGAGGAAUAUGCCAGUAGAAGCAAGCCUGACAGUACUUGGCUUGAAAAUCACAUUUGGUUUGCUAAAAGAUUUAAAAUGGAUAUUUUGUGGGGAUAUCAUAUUCCAAUUCAUCCCAAUGAUAAGAAAAUUGGAUCGUCUCAUGAUUCGGUUGCUAAUCAUGCUAUGUUACAGGAUCUGUCAUAUUAUUGUUGUAUAGAAUUAGAAGGAGCAGAAACAGCAUUUUCUAAUGGUCUUCAAAAAUUAGUUGACUGUUCCUCAGGAAAUAUCUUUUUCUCUAAAAUGUAUCUUGAUGGAACUAGAGAAGGGCAUACCAUGCUGCACCAUCCUGAAUGUUGUCCUUUCAAAGCUAUAGGCCCUGUAUCUUUUCUUUGGAAGCCAAUGUCAGUAUUAAAUGAUUCACUUCAUGCAAGACGCAAGCUGUGGAUUUGGUGUCAUCCAUCAUGUCAUGAUGAACUUAUUGAUGUUUUUGUAAAAACUUUUGAUUUGAAAAAUGAAGAAAGGCCUGAUAUAAGUGAAUCAUUUUCUUUUGCAUGCAAAUUAAAUUUUAUGAAGUCUAAACAACACUUUUGUAAAGAAAAGAUAUUUAGUGGCCCAGCUAUGAAAAUGAUGCUCCUUAAAAAUACUCUUGUGCGUCAUCGCUUGAUUGGACCAAUGGCCCAGAAUGUGCUGUUUCGAGUCUUGAAAUCAGCAGAUAUUACUAACAUUUCUAAUGAUAAUUUGCUAAAAAAUGAAAUUUCUGAAAAUGGUAAAAACCCAAAGCGAUUGAAGCUUGAUGAUGGCCAAGUUAAUAAUUCUAAACCCCUGUGGUGGGAAGUGUAUUAUGAUAGUAAAAGCAGGAAAGAACUGCAUAUUGAAAAAGAGGAAUUGUUAGAAUGUUUGAGUGACUCUCAAUCUGGGCCUUAUGUUAUUCCAAAAAGCAUUGUUGGGCUUACUGUGAGAGAUCCACGUACAGCCCCAUCUUGGAAAAAAGAUGAUAAUGAACUAGAAGAAGAGAGAUUUGAGCUCUUUAAAGACCUUGGACAGUCUUUCACCUCAGAAAUGGCAGAUUCAGCCUUGUGGGAUGAAAACAUUCGUAAUGAAGUAACUGCUUCAAAGCUAUCUGAUAAAGAGAUUAACGAUGCAAGAUCUAAUUGCAUCAUUGCAACUGAUCUAGGGAAAAAAGAGAAUAGAAUCCCUAUUCUUAUCAUUCAUCAAAACGGUAUAAAUGGAUUUGAAUAUGGAUGGGACCUAAUUGCUCCUCGAGGAUGGAGUGCUGAGUUCUUCAGGUCAUUUGUAAAAAAAGGUGGAAGACCUGCUGGUCUUCGAGACUUGCAUUUUGUCAAUAUGGAAAAUGGCCUUCCAAACUUUCCAUGUAGUUUUCCUGAUACAGCAGCUGGUGCUGCAUAUGAAGAAAAAUUGCGGAUGAAAAAUCUGAAAGAACAUUAUAAAAGGCCAAAGAGCAAACGACCCAAUUUCUCUACUUUAGGUAUUACUACACCAUUUUUCAUGUGUUGGAAAACACUCAUUAGUGAAUGGAUAAAUGAGUUGAAAAGCGAUGACAUUGCCAGUCUGUUUCCUAGUGUUGCGAAUUUAGGUGUUUUAGAAAUUAACGAAGUUGCUGCUCUUAAUCAUCCAGAAUUUUACGUAUAUCGAAAUCCAGCAAUCAGACGCUUAAAUAAUUUAUGCAGACGGCUUUUACGAAUGCCAAGAACUGGAUUUUCAGAUAUACAACAAAAUGAAUUAUUGGAAACAUUCAGAACUUUUGUGUUGUCUCUGAAUCCCAAAAUUCAAUUUUGUAAGUCUCUAAUUUUAGUUAAAUUAAGAUGUUUAAAUAAAGGCAGGCCUUCAAUCCAUGCUGGAAUAUAUCUUCUUAGUGAACAAGAUAUGAAGGAGUUAAAAAAGGAUCCAGCAUUUUGUGGGCCUACAGAACCUAAUCAUCCUAAUAAGGAAAAAGGCAAGAAAUCCCCUAAGGAAUUAGAUAGGCCUGAAAUCAAAAGUUUGAUCUCGAAUUCUAGUCGUAAGAUGAUUGGUUAUGUUUCAGAAGGUGGCUUUUCUAGUUUUCUUGGACAGGGGUGUGCAAUUGGACAUUGUACUUCUAUUGGAUAUCUCACAAUGUUAAAAAGAUGUUUGGAUGCUAAUUUGAAACCUUUUGUACUUAUUAGAGACCAGCACAGUUUUAAAUAUAGAAUAUCAACUGCAGAAAUUAUUGAGUGUAAUUUAUGAAUCUGUUAUUUAUGUUUUCGAAAUCAAUCAUGUGAUAAUCAUAUUGUGCCUACAAAGUCAUGUGAAAAAUAAAUUUUUGUUACAUUUUUUUUACAAUUUUUUUAGUUUGAUUUUUUUAUGUGCUACACAGAAUGGUCUAGUGGUAAAAUCUUGUUAAUAGAGUAUGAAGAUCAUGAUUUUGAAG